AUGGUACUAGGUGUGGCUUGGGAUCCCUCGCGUCGCUUAAGGGCUCGACUUCAGUCUGGGCGAGUUGGCCAGGGGGCCCAAGUUAUCGAAUGGACUGUUCUUUGCUUGUUUUCGAGAGUAUCACUUGGAAAGAAGCAUCAUAACACUGGCUGUAUUUUUCUAGACAUAACGGACGUUGGCAGAUUUUUCGACGGGCCUUGCUGGCCUCCCGAUUACUGCCUGGCUUGUUCUCCUGAUGUCGGCAAGGCUCCCGCAUACACUACUCUAUAUACCCUAAAUAUUACCCCAGGCAUGGCAAGGGGCUUCUAUGGCUAUGUCUUCCGGAGACUCAGAGUACCAAGGAGGACUCUAUGUUGA